AUUAGGGGGUACUUGAAUUUAAAAAAAUGUCACAGGGGGUACAUCCCUGAAAAAAGGUUGAGAACCACUGGACUCGAGCAUGCAGUUGGCAAUCACAAUUUAAUCCUAUUUAACAGUAUUAAUAUCAUGGAAAACAAGUCUAACCUACCCCUAAAAGUAGACGUUCAGCGUCGCUGCUUCCUGGCUGCUGGCAGUGUGUACAAGUUGUAUUUGUGCAAGUAUUUGACAUUAUGAGGACUUCACCUUAAGAAUGCUUCCCUAAUUGAGCAGGUGUCAUAAUGAACAGUCUUUCCCUCAACGACCGAUGGGGGUAAAAGUGGCGCACUGCGUGAGAAAUCAGCGAGAGCAGCCAGAAUAAGAAGAAGUGACUUUGCAGCGACCAAUCAAAUGAGCUCCGGGGAGCGAGAGGCGUGGUCACCCUUGCUCUGCGCUAGGAUUUCUUUAAAACUCUCAUUCUCCAGUGACGGUGGUCGGACUAUUUACGGCGGAAUCCAAAAAUAAGUUGAAUAUUUAUAGAACAAUUGGAAAUGAUGUGAACACUGUGCGGCCGAUUUGGGAUUACGUUGUCUCAAACCCGGAAAACUAAUGCGUCUCACACUUCCGCCCGGACAUUGUUUACUGUGACACACAUCCCGCCAGCUGAUCAGAGUUGUGAAGACGUGUACUUUUCCGUGUCCAGUCUCAACUUGGCGUCUUUAGCCAUUCGCGUUACAUUUUCUUUCUUUUUCUAUUGUUGAUUACGCUUUUUGGCUGUUGUUUUUUUUUUGUCAUGGCAACGGUGGAGGAACUGAAGCUCCGUGUGAGGGAGUUGGAGAAUGAAUUGAUCAAGUGCAAGCAGCAGCAGAGCGCGAUGGGAGAUGCUCGCCGGCUGCAGCAAACACACCGACCCAAAAUUGACAAAAUGAGCGCCGACGUGGUGGAUUCUAACCCGUACAGCCGCCUGAUGGCUCUUAAGAGAAUGGGCAUUGUGGAGAAUUAUGAGGACAUCAGGACUUUCACUGUGGCCGUGGUGGGUGUUGGUGGAGUGGGCAGUGUGACAGCGGAAAUGCUGACUCGAUGUGGCAUUGGUAAGCUGCUGCUGUUCGACUAUGACAAAGUGGAGCUGGCCAACAUGAACAGACUGUUUUUCCAGCCUCACCAGGCCGGCCUCAGCAAGGUUGAAGCAGCCGAACACACGCUCAGGAACAUCAAUCCAGAUGUGUCCUUUGAGACCCACAACUACAACAUCACCACACUGGACAACUUCACUCACUUUAUGGAACGUCUCAGUCAUGGAGGCAUAGCGGAGGGAAAGCCAGUGGAUUUAGUCCUGAGCUGCGUGGACAACUUCGAGGCCCGCAUGGCCAUCAAUGCAGCUUGCAAUGAGCUUGGACAGGUCUGGAUGGAGUCUGGAGUCAGUGAGAAUGCUGUUUCAGGACACAUUCAGCUCAUCAUUCCCGGAGAGACUGCCUGCUUCGCGUGUGCUCCUCCUCUGGUGGUGGCCACCAACAUUGACGAGAAGACCCUCAAGAGGGAAGGCGUAUGCGCUGCCAGUUUACCCACAACAAUGGGCGUGGUGGCAGGAGUCCUGGUCCAAAAUGUCCUCAAGUAUUUGCUAAAGUUCGGCAGCGUGAGUUAUUACCUGGGCUACAACGCCAUGCAGGACUUCUUCCCCACCAUGGCAAUGAAACCCAACACCCAGUGCAACGACCGCCACUGCAGGAGACAGCAGGAUGAGUACAAGAAGCGAGAAGCGGAGCGGCCGAGGGUGGAGGUGGUCCAGGAGGAGGAGGUGGCGGUGGUGCAUGAGGACAAUGAAUGGGGUAUUGAACUGGUGUCAGAGGAGGCCAACGAAGACACGCAGGGAGCAGCGGCCGCUUUAGCAGACCUCCCUGAAGGCAUCGCUGCGGCGUACACCAUUCCAGUUGUGAAUACAGAUGCUGGCGAGACAGUAGAAGAGACCGAGCAAAGCCUGGAUGACUUGAUGGCUCAGAUGAGAAAGUUGUAGACUGCAUGGCCACCAAAAUAAAACAACUAGUGUCCUUGUCAUUGCAUUCUUUAAUGACAUCCCACAACUGGCCAAUGGGAAAGAAAGAAAGAAAGGUGUGGCUGCAUGGAAAUUGUUGGACAAAAACAGGAAUUAGGUUUUUUGGACACUCAAAAGUGGAAAAUAUCACUGUUGAAAUGCUGCAAUGCUUAUGAAACAACAUUAUUAAUCUUGUCUUAAUAAACAUAUUUAUUAGCAGAG